AUGGGAAUCGAAGAUACCCAAGCAUCAAAUAUAUUAAAUGAAUUAAAUGCAUUUAUUGCUGGUACGACUCGAUCUUCAAAAUUUAACGAAUUAGAAUUAACUAAAACAGCAUUAAAUUUAUUAAAAACAUUACCGGCAUCUCGAGAUGCCGUUUUAGAAUUUUUUUGUUCCGUUUUUGAUACCGCAGUUAAAAAAUAUGUGGCUUGCAUCGAGGCAGAUAAACUGUCGGCCUGCCAGUCUUUUUCAAAUCAACAGGAAGAUGCUGUUAUCAGUGAAAUACAUUCUGUGCUAUGUAAUUUUGUGACUUCUAGCCCGGAAGCAUGGGCACCAAUUAUUUCUGCAUGGUCACUUAAAGUAUUAGGGCAAGUGUCAUCACAUUAUAGUCAACUUCCAUCAUCAGUUGGUUUAAAUGAAGCUCUACACUGGUGGAUGUCUUGCAGAGCUGCAAGAACUCUCGUGGACAUCACUACACAGUGCUUGUCAUGUUUAAUCGAUUCAGAUACCGAAACUUGUAUUAAUGCAUUGUUGGAUACGAGUGUUGCUCAUUCUCCCCAUUUCGAUUGGGUAGUUGCUCAUGUAGGGAGUUCAUUUCCUAAAACUGUUAUCACAAGAGUUCUGUCUUGUGGUUUAAAAGAUUUUUGUGCUAAAGGAAAUAUUCAAUCUUCCAGUAAAUCUGCCAAACUUAAUUCAGUAGUCGGAAUAUUAGGACACUUGGCAUCUAGUCAUUUCACAGACAUUAGAAAGGCUCUUUUAGAGCUUUUCGAGUGGAUAUUCGAUGAUUCAAAUGCAGAUUUGCAAUAUCGCAGUGCAGUUAUUCCAUUUCUUCUUCAAAUAGCAUCUAAAUCGCAAACACUUUUGAAAGCUUUAUCGACUGAUGUAUUACACACAUUGGACAUGAAAAUGCUUUCGAACCUUGCCGAGUUUGCACCACAUUGGAAUGCUUAUUUUAAAAAUGACACAGAGAAAUUAGAAGACUUAAUUAUACAUUUAGCUCUUGGCUGUGAAAAAGGUGGUGCAAAAAUUAUUUCCUUACUGUUAGAUGGAACAAGUUAUCAUGAUGCUAACAUUGCAGAACAAAGCAAUAUACUUCUGGAACUCUUAUUGGAAGAUAUCGAUGUGCAACUUAGAAGUUAUAAAUCAACCACCAUACCAUUUUUAGAAUCAAUCAAAGCGGAAAUAAUUCAAGUUCAACAUUUACUUCUUAGCGAUAAUCCUCUUAAGCAACAAACAGCUUGUAGACUUUUUAAACUUAUGGGAUCUGUGAAUCCCUCUGUAAUUGUGGAUCUUUCUUGUUAUCUUCUUGUUCAUGGUACAAAUGGAGCACAUAGGGCAGCUCUUUUAGAUCUUGUACAAUCCAAUUAUUCUUGUAGCCUUUGGGAAAAUAAAAACAUAUUGGCUUUGGCAUUGGAAGAAUCUUUGAGAUUGAUUUCCGGCGAAUUCACCGAAAUAAAUCAUCAGCACACCAACAUCGAUCCACAUUUACUAUGGCAAAAUAUUUCCGAGCUUAUAAAGUUCGAAAAGAGUAGAAAUUUGGAGGACACUCUUUCCCAUCGGGUUGUUUGCAAUGCCGUUGCUCAAAAUUUAUCUCCCCUCACCGACCUACUAUCGAGCUGUUACAAUCCGGAAACGUUAAACGCCAUAACAUACGUGAUCGAUCUUUUGCCAUUAUCAUCAUUAUCAACGUUAUCCUUACAACCCAUGCUUAGACUUUCGAAAAAUUGCGUCAAAUAUUUUUUUAUGUGUUUAAACGAAAAAGACAGGUGGAAAAAAUGUUUGAAUUGUCACGUGGCUUGCAGUCUAUUAGGAAAACUUUGCUCUCGUUCAUCAUCCGCUAGAGCAUUAGCAAUACGCGAAUUGUUAGAAUGCAGUCUUUUUCUAUCCGCAUCUUGUUUAUUUGGCGCAAAUAAGAAAAAAAAUUUCGUCGAUUCUAAACAAGGAUAUUUACUAAUGGAACAAAAUUAUCAAUUGGGCACAACAACAAUAUUAGCUCAGCGUCAAUCGAGCGUUUUUGGAAAUGGCGUAACGCGUCAUGGAAAAAAAGAAAAAGUUGUCGUUGCGAGAUUGGAUGAGGAUAUCGUUAAAGAAAAUACCGUUUACUUAAUAAAAGCCAUUAGGGCUUGCUGUACGGAUACGACAAAAACAAAUUCGGAUUCCGGUAAUAAUUUAUCCCUCGAUGCUGUCAUACAAGUUUCCCUGUUGAUGGUUGAACUCAUUUCUCCCGACGUCAUGUACAACGGAUUACCAUGGCCGGAAGAAGAAUUUUGCAAAGUUACCAUUGAAAGAGACGUACACAUUCGUAAAAUAUUCGACGAAUUACCUCUCGCUUGGAAACUAUUGGAUUUCAUAGCGCGUAAUCAACCCGCACUUUGCUAUUGUUCGGUUUUGCUGAGGGCGCUCAUGGCAACGUUGAAAUCGCAAUGGAGUUCGACGUCUACGUCCGAUAGCAAAAUCGUACUCGCGGCAACGGUUCGCCUAUUGGAAAUAAUGUCUUUGGGACAGCUGUUGCCUCCACCGUUGUCAAGUUUACAAGUGGCAAUACCGCAUUUGACGGCGCCAGAGGUUGUCGUCCUGCUUCAGGAUUGCGUUUGGAGUUACAUGAGAGACAACGUACCCUCACCCGCACUUUUCACGAGAGAUUCAAGGACGGGUUUCAUGUGGCGAGAUCCGAAUUUUGAAAAACCCUCGUCACAAUACACGGAAACGUUUCGCCUCAUAUUACAAAAUAAUAUAAAAUCAUUCGGAGAACUUUAUUCGAAAUUAUUUAUAAAUUUUUAG